AAUGGAAUCGAUAGAUAAGUCUUUUAAACCUUAACAUUAGGAUCUUUAAAAAAGUAUUGAGCUCUUUAAAAAGGAGAAUUUGGGAUUCGUGCAAAUUCUCUUGAUUAAGAUCUAUUUGACUUGAAAUUAAAAUUAAAAUUUGAAGUUCCUUAAACUUCUAAUCGAAAUUCUACUUGGGCUUUAGAGUUGAUGAAGUUUAAUGUUAUGAAGUACCUUCUUCAAGAAUAUUAUAAUUCAAAUUCUACUUAUAGGAACCAGAAAAACUUAAUUAAAACUUUCAUAAAAUAGAG